AUGGAUCCUGCGUUGCGAUCUCCCGCUAAUCCCGAUGGAUUUAGUUGGGCGGCUGAGCAGAUUGAUCGUGAUUCCUUGACAGCAAGACUUUCACAUGAAUUUGGAGUUCAGAUGCCGUCCAUAGGAGAUAGACUGGCGCUCGACCAUAAGAGCUUCAUAAAAUUCCCAAACGGCAAAGUUUGCAUUCAAUUUUUUGAAUAUUACUUUUCUACACUCGGACAGCUAUUCGUCGUUAUCGACAAGGACGAGUUUUUGGCCAAUAACAGGGAUCAACUCAUCUCCCCAGAUAGAAACGAUAAGUUAUUUUAUUGCCAGAAAGCAGCUAUUAUUGCUAUCGCAUCCCCUCUAUACCCGGUGCCAGCCCCCUCUGUGAAAACCUAUUUAUCUUACGCAAAAGAUAUGGCCUUCACAGCUUGGAUACAAAUGCAUUUCAAAACGGUCGAUGACUUCCCAGCGGACGUGCUCAGAUAUCUACAGACUCGCAUUCUGGUCUACCUUGCUAGGGUAAAUGUGGGCUGUAGCCUUCCCAGUCUAUAUUGCGAAUCUCAAAAGGUCGUCACCAACGCGGCUAAGAUAGCCAGAUCAAACCAGAAAAUGGACGAAAUGCUCAAGUGGAAGCUGGUUAUUAUUGUUGCCUGCCUCCAUUUACAGAUUGCAUUACUAACAAAUACCCCUCCGGGAGACGAAUGGAGAUACCUACGAUCUUGCCUUGGAUCCAGAGGUGUGGCUGCACCUGGCUGCUUCGUGCUAUCUUAUGGGCAUGGAUAUCCAUCAAUAACUACGAAUGGGAAAUACCAAUUUGUCAUAAAGAAUUACUUGCUUUCUAAUUUACAAACGCAGCUUGAUGAACAAUGGAUGAAAUGGUGUCCGUUAAAUAGGUUCAGAAGUAUAAUGGAAAUCAUGCAUCUUAACAGGAAUAAGAGAAAUGAUUUAUAUCAGCGCUUUUGCUUUCAAUACGGGGGAAGAUUAGAUAUGUCUAAUAACGACGACAAUGAAAUAGCGGCAAAAAUUUAUGACGAAAAAGUUAUAUGUUACGAACAGAUCCGAACUUGCUCUGGACUUUUCUCAGAUCCAACAAUGACGAGAUACAGGGGGUUAUUCAAUGCCAUGUUCCGAUAUGAUUUGAUAGAGGCAAGAGCUUUUUUGGAUCUGAUCGACUUGAAGAGUUGUAAUGGGAUAGACAAGCUACCUGAACUGGAAAAACGACCAGGAACUGUUGCGCCCGGCGGCUCGGACGUGAUCUUCGAGAAAGAGAAAGAUAGAUAA